UGAGGCAGCAUCAGGCGGCUCUCUGACGUAGCCAAUAGGUGCUGCGAGCUGUCGGGCAGAAGAUGUCCAGGGCAGACCAGGGAAAGGAUUCUCAGCCCAGUGGGAGCGAGAUGAGCAUCGAGCUGAGGCCAACAGCCCCCAGCAACCAGGGCCGCAGCAACGAAGCCUUCCAGGAUGAAGACCUUGGGGAACAGAACACGGGGAACAGCACCGUCCGGGGCAGAGUUGUACAAAGCGGGGAGCAAGGAAAUGCCAAACAGGGUGGCACGCGAAUCACGAUUGAGCAGGAGUCUCUGGAAAACAAGGUCGACAUGGAGGACGAUGACCAGGAAGAGCACCACAAAGGGUGUUUGGAGAGGAAGUAUGACACAGUUUGCGAGUUUUGUAGAAAGCACAGAACCAUCCUUCGGCGCAGCAUCAGGGGCAUUUUGUUGACUGGUUUCCUGGCCUUGGUGAUUGCAGCCUGUGCACUGAACUUCCACAGAGCCCUGCCCCUUUUUGUGAUCACCGUGGUCGCCAUCUUCUUUGUUGUCUGGGAUCACCUGAUGGCCAGAUAUGAACACCGAAUCGAGGAGUUCCUGUCUCCAGGCAGAAGCCUUCUCGAUAGGCACUGGUUUUGGCUGAAAUGGGUGGUAUGGACCUCAUUGAUCCUGGCCGUCAUUUUCUGGUUGAUCCUUGACACUGCCAGACUGGGCAAACAGCACCUGGUAUCGUUUGGCGGACUCAUAAUGUACAUCAUCCUGCUGUUCCUGUUUUCCAAACAUCCAACCAGAGUUUACUGGAGGCCUGUGUUUUGGGGAAUUGGAUUACAGUUUCUUCUUGGGCUCUUAAUUCUAAGGACCAAGCCUGGCUUUAUUGCUUUUGAUUGGAUGGGAAAACAAGUUCAGACUUUUCUGGAGUUCACGGAUGCUGGAGCUAUGUUUGUCUUCGGUGAUAAGUAUACAGACCACUUCUUUGCAUUUAAGAUCCUACCAAUUGUGGUUUUCUUCAGCACGGUGAUGUCCAUGCUCUACUACUUGGGACUGAUGCAAUGGAUCAUCAGAAAGGUCGGAUGGUUGAUGCUUGUCACCAUGGGGUCAUCUCCCAUCGAGUCUGUAGUUGCUGCUGGAAACAUAUUUAUUGGGCAAACAGAGUCUCCACUGCUGGUCCAACCCUAUCUGCCACAUGUCACCAGGUCAGAACUCCACACCAUCAUGACAGCUGGCUUUGCGACGAUUGCUGGAAGCGUUUUGGGAGCCUAUAUCUCUUUUGGGGUGUCAUCCACACACUUGCUAACCGCCUCAGUCAUGUCAGCACCUGCAUCCCUGGCUGUGUCCAAACUCUUCUGGCCUGAAACAGAGAAACCCAAAGUAACCCUCAAGAAUGCCAUGAAAAUGGAGAACGGUGAUUCAAGGAAUCUCCUGGAGGCUGCGACACAGGGAGCAUCCUCAUCCAUCCCACUGGUAGCAAACAUCGCUGCGAAUCUGAUCGCCUUCCUGGCCUUGCUGUCCUUUGUGAACUCAGCCCUGUCCUGGUUUGGAAGCAUGUUCGACUACCCACAGCUGAGUUUUGAGCUACUUUGUUCCUACCUCUUCAUGCCCUUUGCCUUCAUGAUGGGAGUCGACUGGCAAGACAGCUUUAUGGUCGCCAAACUCAUAGGUUACAAGACAUUCUUCAAUGAAUUUGUGGCUUAUGACCACCUUUCGAAACUGAUCAACUUGCGGAAAGCGGCUGGACCCAGAUUUGUAAAUGGUGUGCAGCAGUAUAUGUCGAUUCGUUCCGAGACCAUUGCGACCUAUGCCCUCUGUGGUUUUGCCAAUUUUGGUUCCCUAGGAAUAGUGAUCGGCGGACUUACAUCCAUUGCUCCGUCAAGAAAGCGUGACAUUGCCUCUGGAGCGCUGAGAGCCCUGAUCGCCGGGACCAUUGCCUGCUUCAUGACGGCCUGCAUCGCGGGCAUUCUCUCUAGCACGCCUGUGGAUAUCAACUGCCAUCACAUUCUAGAGAGCACCAGCGGACUCAGCAACACAACCCAAGUGGUGUCUUGCUGCCAAAAUCUGUUGCAAAGCACUGUUGCCAAGGGACCAAAUGAGGUCAUCCCAGGAGGAAACUUCAGCCUCUAUGCUUUGAAGACAUGCUGCAACCUGCUGAAACCAUCAGCACUGAACUGUGAUUGGAUCCCUAAUAUGCCAUGAUCUAAUCCACGUAUCCAGUGGUAUUCUAUGCACAGAUGCUGCGUUUUCUGCUCUGGAGGGGAUAGAAAGCUAUUGCCAUAGAUUGAUAACUCUGUCAUGGACUAAGAUUUAAUGGCAAAGGAGGAAGAAAGUCUCGAGUAAAUCCUUCUGAGCUAGUGUCGCCUUCUUUUCUUCUCUUCUUAGCUCACCUUUUCUCUGUGGAGAACUCCUACAACCGCGUCCCAAACCUCAGUCCCAGCAAUGGCUUUCUGUUUUCAAGGCAUUUCAUGAGAAAAAAAUGUUUUUGCAUAUAUAUCAUAUACCAUAUAUAUAUAUGUAUACCAUAUACCAUGUGUGUGUGUGUGUGUGUGUGUGUGUGUGUGUGUGUGUGUGUGUUAGCUCCCAACUAUUGGGGUCUGACUCAGCUGUACCCCUUUUGGUGCUCUAAGGAUGCCAGAUCAAUGCAAUGUCAACACGGUUCAGGUAAGGCCAUUCUGCCUUCAGUCCAGGUUAUCCGAAAGGCUUGAAUCUCAUGUGAUGGAGAGCUAACGCGCAAUGACCCACUCGCUGACUUCGCUGCAGAAGUUCUGCACAAACCGAGAGUCCUUCCUAAAGGCACACAGGCCACAGGAAAACCAGUAUUUACAUCCACAAACUGUAAAGGCGUGUAAGCAGUCAGCUUGUGUAAACCUGUGUUGCGGGAACUCCCCCAAACUUCCAGAUCUUAAAAAAUCUCUUUUUCUAAUAUGUUUGAAAUGCUUAAUUUCAAGACUUUUAGUCUCAUUUCUUCAGAGGUAUAAAAGCAGUCAGCCCACAUCUUUUUAAAGCUAAUAUAUGUUCUUCGGCAAUUUUACACAUACAUCUAAUGUGUCUUGAUCAUACGUACCCCCAACUCCUCCUGACAUCCCUCAGCUCGUCCCCAUCCACACUCAUGUCUGCUCCGCUCCGUGUUUUGUAACUCUCUGAAUCUAAUGCUGCCUGCUGUAACAUUGACUGGUGUUGGCUUGGUUUCUGUGCAAAUAACCGUAUCUGCAGUGAGUUCAUGAGUGCAGCGUCACGUCCUGUCCGGAAACAGCAUUUCACAGCCCUCUUCUUCAGCUCCUGCUCUCACACUCUUUCCUCCUCUCCUGGGCGAUAUUCCUUGUGCCUCGAGGACGUUGAUAAAAAUGUCUGGUUUGGGACUGAGCACUCAACAUUCACAUAUCCUCAGAACAUUUAUUAGUUGAGUCUCCGCAUUGCUGUAUUUGGGCUUAAUCUAUGCUGUGUCCACCUCCAGUACCCAGGCUAAAGAACAGCCCCUGUGUGGGGCUCACUGGCCUUAGGGAGCCAUGGAGAAACAUGUCAGCCCUUAUAAGUCCCGCUAGGAGCCAGACAGAGGUGCAUCCUCCUGUAAUCUCUUGGGAGCUGAGACAGGAAGAAUAUGAACUCAAAACCAGCACAGUGGACAUAAAAAGACUGUGUCUCCAAGCAACAACAACAAAACUUGUACAGGAUAGUAACACUCUUCAUUUCUACUCUAUACCACGAAGCAGAGUAAGUCCUGUGACCGGCCCAGUUCUGUGUCCAGGAGUGAACUGUCUUGUCACAGCAGGAUAAAUAAUACAACACCAAGCUGCCUGACAUCCAUGGGACUGUGGCAGUGACAGCUCUGUCACUGAGUAGACUGUAUUUGUAGGCCCGUUGGUACGCCACGUUGCUGCUGUAUUCCUGAUGAUAAGAUUGUAAAACAUUAGUCCUCGGUCAAGAAGCCAUGUGAGCACCAGCCACGAAGAGAAAUCAAUGCUGCCUGAGAUGGGACUGCCUUUCAUCGGCUCUCCCAUCAAUCAGCAAGACACCAGCACCACACAGGCUCACUAGGCGUCUGUGUUCUGGAGAUGCCAGCAAAACAUGCUUUGAUGAAGUCAGUAUCACAUGCAGAGACCACUCUGUGUGAGGAAAACCUCAUGGCCCCUGA